AGGAGAUCCAAAUAAUUUUAUCAAACAGCAAGAAUGGGAUCAACUUAAGAAAGAAUUGUGCAAAGAAAAUUUGAUUGCUUUAAGUAUAGGUAUUAGUGAUAGAAAAAUAUCAUUAAAAGAAUAG